AUGUCUGUGGAGUUCAAGGAGGCCCUACUGCUGAUGACUGCCAAGCUGGCGGCCAAGAAGGCGACCAGAGCCAGCAACUCGGCCGCGCUGUCCCCGUCCAAGAAGAGAAAGAACAAGAAGAAGAACCAGCCGGGCAAGUACAGCCAGCUAGUGGUGGAGACGAUCUGCAGACUGGGCGAGCAUAACAGCUCGUCCCUGGCCAAGAUCUACACAGAGGCCAAGGUGCCGUGGUUCGACCAGCAGAAUGGGCGCACCUACCUCAAGUUUUCGAUCAAGGCGCUGGUGCAGAACAACACGCUCCUGCAGGUGAAGAGUGCCGGAGCCAACGGCUCCUUCAAGCUCAACCGCAAGAAGCUGGAGGGUGGCAGGGAGUGGCGCGGGACCACAGCGGCAGCCACCGCCCUGGCUCCGGCCACACACAAGGCCAAGAACGCGGCCCCGGGCGCGGCUGGGCCCCAGCGUACAGACAAGAAGCCCGCCAAGAGCCAGAAAGUGGAGAAGCACGUGCGCAAGAAGGGUGGUGCCUCCAAGAAGGACAAAAGCAGCAAGGCCAAGAAGGCAGCGGCCCCUGGAGGCAAGAAGGUGAAGAAGGUGGCCAAGCUCAGCGUCCCCAAAGUGCCCAAGGGCCGCAAGUGUGCGUGCCAGCCCAGUUGGAUCACCCAGCAUGGGCCCCUGAGGUCUUUUCGGUGUUCAGUUUUUUCUACCUCAAGUAUUUUUGAAACAGCCCUGGCGAUGCCUCUAUUGUCUCUCGUCCUUGACAAUGGACGUCCUCAUGGUUACCGGCCCCUGGGCGCCAAUGGCCGAGGCAGUGUCAGCUCACCAGGUGGUCGGUGA